GCGGAAAUGUGCAAGAUAAAAUCCAGAAUGCCUAGCAGCCUGAGGCACCCCAAUAUUGCCUCACAAAAUGCCCACUGCUACAAUUGACUCCAAGGGAACUCAGUUCUUCUACACAGACAGCGGACCCGUGCCAGGAUCGAGCGAUUACACUACCCUGGUCAUCUACCAUGGCUCAGCCUUCACGGGAGAUACCUUCCACAAGCUCCUCCCGCUCGGGGCGAAGGACAACGUGCGCCUCGUCAUCCUGAACCGGCGCGACUACGCCGGGUCGUCCAAGUACACCGACGCGGAGCUCGACGACCUGAACGCGGCGCGCAAGACCGCGCUGGAGCGCAUCGCGCUCGACGUCGCGAACUUCCUCGUGUGGUUCGUCGACACCCAGCACCCCCCGCCUGCCAGCGCGGAUGGGAAGACGGGCGGGCUGGCGCUGAUGGGCUGGUCGCUGGGCAACGCGACGCCGCUCGCGCUCUUCGCGCACCCGGAGGUCGUCCCGAAGGAGACGUACGCGAAGCUGGAGCCGUACGUCCGGCUCUUGAUCCUCUACGACCCGCCAUUCCUGACGUUCGGGCAUGACCAGCCGCCGGACGUGUACAGCCCAUUCACGGACCCGGCGUUCAAGACCCCGCAGGAGAUCUUCGACAACUUCCAGUACUGGGUCUCGGGGUACUACGACCACCCCGACCUCGGCUCACGCACCGUCCGGGGGAUGGACUUCUCGAAGCGCGGCAAGGACGCGAGCGCAGGGCACUUCACGCCUAAGGAGAUGGCAAAGAACUAUGACGGGCUCGCGGCGGCGCGCACGGAGGCGCCGAUGAUUUUUAAUAUGAAGAACGUGCUGCGACAGCAGGCGCAGCGAGCGUUGUUCGACGAGGAGAUGGCGCGGACGAUUUUGCCGCGGACGAAGGUCGUGCACCAGUAUUGCACGCGGACGAAUUGGUUCUGCGCGUAUGGGUUUAUCGAGACGGAGAGGCAGUAUAAGGAGCAGCUCGCCCAGGGAAAGAAGGUGCGCCCGAUUGCGUUCCAGGAGAUCAAGGAGGCCAAUCAUUUUGUCCAUUGGGACGAUCCCGAACGGUUUUGGAAAGCCACUGCCGAGGCGAUACAUGGCAACGUACACUGAAAAUGUCGUAAAACCCUAUUGUUUUCUCUUACCUGGCUGGUUCUUGUCCGCAGACUGGUGCAACACGAGAGUUUGAUAGAAGUACAUGCAUAUAAUACCAAAACUUUGAAUAAUUGAGCAUAUUGUUCUGCGCGAUCCCUGAUUGUUUUCUCCCCGUAACGCAUAUCCGAGUUAG